AUGGACGAGUAUGGCAGCGUUGUUGCCUUCGAAGGCGCCCCUGACGUUGUGUCAACUCAGCUCCGACUGCUGCCAACCUCACCCCAGAUACUCAUCCUUCCCGCGGUUCAGUGCUACAUUUCCAGUGAUGAUUCGGACAAGGAGUUUGAGGUGCGGACCUACGUUAGAAAGGUUCACGAUGCCCUUGCCGCCCGUCAUGAAGCUGCACGUUGCUUCCUACAUGGCGCUACGACGUCGAACAAGCGACUGGCAUUCCUUAACGGGGGCACGCCUAGUGCCCACGCCCUCUGUAUCAAAGCCAUCAUGAAGCACGAGACGAGUGGAGACAGGAUCGAAGCGGAGGCUGUUUACACCCAGCUGGCCAAGGACGGUCUGGCUGGUCUUGAGGCUAAGAGCCAGAUUCACAGCCACGCCAUGUCUGGAGAUGCCGCAGCGUUCAACGAAGAGUUCAAUGAUCCCAUAACGAGGGCCAUGAGAGCCGCCGAUGACCUGGACCGACAGACAGCCAACUUACAACCACAUGACUUGCUCGACCUUGCCGCGACUACUCGACCGCGAAGUCUCAGCCUACCACUGUACGGUUACUCAGAUGGAUUUGGCGACGCCGCUCCAUUCUUUCUCUUUGGCGCGCAGGUUGAGGACGAAGAGGCUACAGAUGACGGCGGCCCUCUGAUCCCCGAGGCGCCAACAUUUGCCGCUGUUGACUACAACCGACCGUCAAAGGAACUGGCGCUGGACUCUGCGGAUAUCAGGCCGGCGUCUCCCUGUGGCAUCAUUGGCAAAUCGCCUCUCGGCUCGAGUCUUGGAGUGCACCGCGACGUUGACAUGCUCUCUCCCGGAUCCGAAUUGCUCAAUGCCCGCACCCAUGGCCGAAGGGGCAGCGGAGAUUCUACAACAUCCGACGUACGCGCGUCAGUUUCGAGCUCUAAGGGGGCGCCGCACAGAGUCAGGUCUUUGGAUAGAAUCUACCCGCUCAGUGCCAAGUUGAGAGACCUCUGCAUUUCAGGAGCUUCCACGGAGAUGGAAGCAGAGCAAGAUGCUGCCCCCCGCUCCCAGUCUUUCAUGAUCCCAGGCUCAGAGGAGCCUUCGCUUAUCCGGAGGAUCAGUUAUAUCGAUCGACGACGAACGAUUCGAUCCAAAGGCCGACAACCAUCGACCAAGGUUGACCAAAACGCCCAGGAUAGAAGUAUGAGGAAAUGCCACAACACCUCUGGAGUCCUUCUGGGGGCUGAGGAACACUUCCAGCCAUUACUGCCUUGGCUGGAAGACCUAGUCGUGUAUUUCAAAGAUCAGACACCCAGCCCGUUGCUGUCUUCGGUCAUCAAGUCGUUCAAGGCUGGCAGCUAUCCCAUCCUGUCGCCUUCCUCAUUGCCCUCUUGGCAAUCCUCGGGCAUUCCCGGCGCAACGACUCUUCACCAGCCAACCGCACUUGACCAAAGAUAUCACGACAGAGCCCACGAGACGUCUGUAUUGAAUACGGCAGAUGAUGAUGAUAUGGAUCCUUUCACCAACACACGAACAGUGCAUCCGCCGAAGAGAAUCGUUCCCACCGUUAAUGUCGUUCGGCCUCCGACGCCAGCACAAACACCGCCUCCCUGCAACACAAAAGAGAACAGAUUCUGCGAUCUCGACAUCGUAUCUGGGCAGACUGCCGUCGCCAUCCAGAACUCGCUUCGAUCGAUCUUGAGCAAGUACUUCUCCCCAGAAUCUGAGGGCUACCGUCAAUUCCAAUUUUCUGUCCUUCCCGAGUUCGGUGGGAUGUGGAAGCCGGUCUUUCGAGAACCAGAGUCUCAGGGUUCACAGAGGGAAACGAGCCGAAGAGGCGAUCACAUCUUGGCGAUUGGGUCUCAACAAGAUGUGGAUAGAGUGUAUUCGUCCGGAAUCAUCAAGCGACUAGAGUCAAUCGGCACGAAAGCGAGCGACCGCCAGGGCCGCAGCGGUCGGGUAGAUUUCCGGUACCUACUUGCCAAUGCCAUGCAAGCAUUCACGGCUCUUCCCCUGACGAAUCAGACGUCCGAUAACCCGUUUACCAACCCGUACCUUCUUGCGACGUUGCUUAUACCCCAUCUUGAAACGUACUUGGCACGCCACCCAGAAAUUCGGUACCUCAUGUUGGAGUACCCUCCUGAACAUUUAAACACCAUAUUGGCUCUGCAAAAGUUGGCAGGCGUGGACUUCAUCAAGGUGGCCCAGAUUGUGGACCCCAACAAGCCAGAUCGUCUGCCUUUUACACAGAUUGGAGGCCCUGCCAUCGGGGCCAAAGCGGGUGCCAAAACGCUCAGCCUAUCGCCACAGCCAUCGAGCUCGGAUAUCACAGUCUCGAACGCGAACUUCUUGCUUGCGUCUACAGCUACUGACAGAGACAUUGCAAAGUUCGUAUCUACCGUCUGGAAUAUCCAGGUCGAGGACGGCGACUCUGAGUCUUCGCCUCAGAUCAAAACCUCGCCCAACAGAAACAGCAGGAAAUCGAAGCCCGCUCCGUUGGAUGUCCUGUUUACCCGGUUCUCGAUGUCAACUGAAAUCGAGCCGUCGCCUACAUCGGCUGGGGCCACUUCCAGCCCCGAAUCGCUGACGCUAUCCUCUCGGCGCCAGUCAUUCACGGACAAUAUCUUGACUCCCCAGUCAGACACGGUGCAAGGCCGCGGGUUCACGCGACGACAACUCCGUGGUGAUCCGCUAUCAAUGGCCACCUUUGAUAGUGGCUGCGAAGACACCGAGUUGGAUUUGGAGGAGCGUAGGCUCAUGCCCAUGUUCUUGAAACCCGCCGAGCCGAAGAAUAACACCCGGAAAGCUCUCAAGUUUCUAGGCUUGGAAUAG